AUGUCCCUGAGCCCGAAGCACUCCACGCCCUUCUCCGUGAGCGACAUCUUGAGCCCGAUGGAAGAGACGUACAGGAAGCUGGGAGGCAUGAUGGACUGCCACACGCCGGGCAACAACCUGACCUCUCCGCUGGGCGGCUACCGGCAGAGCCACGUCCCCCAGCCCGGCAUGCAGCAGCACGCGCUCGGCCACGGCGCCUACCACGUGUCCCCCGGCGUCCCGCAGCUCUCCGGCGGCGUGGGCGGAUUCUGCAGCGGGGGGGAGCUGCCGUCCUACCAGGAGACGGUGCGGGGCGGACCGGCGGCGGCGGCCUGGUACGGCAACCCCGAACCCCGAUACCCCGCAAUUUCCAGGUUCAUGGGGGCCUCCGGCGGGGUGAACGUGGCCGGGAUGGGGAGCGUGGCGGCCAUGGAGGCCACCGCCAAGUCCAUGGUGACGUUGCACGCGGCGCCGCGGCGGAAGCGGCGCGUGCUGUUCUCUCAGGCGCAGGUCUACGAGCUGGAGCGACGCUUCAAGCAGCAGAAAUAUCUGUCGGCGCCCGAGAGGGAGCACCUGGCCGGCCUGAUCCACCUCACACCGACCCAGGUCAAGAUCUGGUUCCAGAACCACCGCUACAAGAUGAAGCGGCAGGCCAAGGACAAAGCCGCGCAGCAGCAGCAGCCGCCGCCCUCCCCGCAGCGUGCGGCCGCGGCGGCUCGGGCCAAGGAGGGGAAGGGCGGUCCGGACGAGUCCGGCACGUCGAUUCCCGCCGGUCACCGACACGUGCAUCAGCAAAGCAACCCGGGCGAGGCUUUGGCAGCACCGGGCCACCUCCAGAACCAGCAGGUGAACCAGCUGUCGUCUACCGACGAGGUGGAGGACGACCUGUCCCCCAGCCCCCCCGUGGCCCUGCACGGGCACGUCAACAUGACGCAGACGGACGCGGCGCUCAUCGAGUACACCAACAGCAUGCUCAGCUCCAACCUGCUGUACGGGAGGACUUGGUAG